AGUGAGCUUUAACGUUUAUCGAGUUAAAUGUAUCUUCACGCAUGUUAACUUCACUACAAUAUAAUAACAUAACACAAUAAUUUAAAAAUUCCAUAUUUUUUUUACUCAAGCAGAUUAUCAAAGCAGAACAGAAACUUUUCCUAAAUUCAACUUAUGGCGUGUCACACACCUGGGAUCACAAAAUUUUCAAAAGUUUAUCUGUGUAGAUCUACUAACAAAAGUUAGUGUAAUGCCACUGGGUCACCGUAAAAAGCCAUUCAGUGUCAAGCAGAAGAAGAAACAGCUACAAGAAAAACGGGACAAAAAGAAAUGUCAAGCAGAAGAUAGACCAGGUUCCGAAACUGACAACGAUGGAAAAUAUAGACCAGUAAAGCAAGUGAGCCGCCUUAAUUACCAGCCAGGAGAUAAAACUGAUAAAGGCUAUGACCAGAACAGAUAUCAAUUACAUUUUCGACGAGAGAGUCAAGAAGAAAUAGAAAGAAGAAAAAAGCUUGCUAGACAACCUCUUCAGAGCCUGCCUGUUAUAGCCCUAGAGGUUGAUCAUGAUGCCAUCUAUCAGCCUGGAUCUGUACUAGAUAUGCCCAAGAGACCCAAAUGGGACUACAGUAUGUCCAAGUCACAACUGAUCACCAGGGAAGAGACAUACUUUAGGACCUACAUGGAGAAUAUUUAUGAGAAGCACGAUGCAGGAGAUCUGAGUUAUUUUGAAUUGAACCUGGAAACAUGGAGACAACUGUGGCGUGUAUUGGAGAUGUCUGAUGUGAUACUCCUCAUAACAGAUAUCAGAUUUCCUGUAUUACAUUUUGCACCAACAUUAUAUGACUUUGUAACACAAGAGCUUGGGAAACCAAUCAUCCUGGUACUUAACAAGAUAGACCUGGCGCCCCCUGCCCUAGUAGUUGCAUGGAAACACUAUUUACAGUCUAAAUACCCAAGGCUACAUAUCGUUUGUUUCUCAUCCUUUCCUAAAGAUACUCUAGAAGAUUCUGGGGAUGAUCCUGGUCAAGUCAUGCACAAACGCAGAAAGCGAAGGAAAUACACUGCAAUGGGCCCAACUCAGCUCUUACAAGCAUGUGAAACUGUUGUACAAGGCAAAGUUGAUUUAUCUUCCUGGAGAAAGAAAAUGUGUGGAGAAGAUCCUGAGGGAGCAGAGGAGACAGACACUGUGGUGGAAAAUUUAACCAAUGAUGGCUCAUUUAGUGAACACCAAGCAUAUAAAGAUGGAGUCCUAACAAUAGGUUGCUGUGGUUACCCAAAUGUUGGUAAAUCAUCCUUAAUAAAUGGUCUAGUUGGGAAGAAGGUUGUGAGUGUGUCUAAGACGGCAGGGCAUACUAAACACUUCCAGACCAUAUUCCUCACCCCCACUGUCAAGCUAUGUGACUCCCCAGGCCUUGUCUUCCCAUCUCUCAUUAAAAAGCAGCUACAGGUGUUAGCUGGUAUAUACCCUAUAGCCCAAGUGAGGGAGCCCUACAGUGUAGUGAUGUAUCUAGCAGAGAGACUUCCUCUAAAACAACUACUCAAACUACAGCAACAUCCAGAGGCAGAAGGUCUCC